AAUUACUAGAACUUUCUGUUCCUCCACAAAGCUCACCCAUUUUAUCUUUCACCCCUUUAUAAGCUCUCUGUGCAUCCCAGCCUGUGGCCUCCUCGUGCCACUCUCUCCAACUAGGGUUUCUCUCUCCAUCUUACUUUUAUCCUUCAGCUUCUCUGCUUCCAAGUCGUGAAAAUGGUGAAGAAGUACCCCACCGUGAGCGCUGAAUACCAGAAGGCCGUCGAGAAGGCCAAGAGAAAACUGAGGGGCCUCAUCGCGGACAAGAAGUGCGCUCCCCUCAUGCUCCGUCUCGCAUGGCACUCUGCUGGGACCUUUGACGUUAAGACAAAAACGGGGGGUCCCUUCGGUACGAUGAAGCUAGAGGCCGAGCUCGAACACGCGGCCAACAAUGGCCUCGACAUCGCCGUCAGGCUCUUGGAGCCUAUUAAGCAACAAUUCCCCAUCCUCUCUUACGCUGAUUUCUACCAGUUAGCCGGCGUUGUUGCUGUUGAAGUCACCGGUGGGCCCGAGAUCCCCUUCCACCCUGGACGGGAGGACAAGCCCAAACCGCCUCCUGAAGGACGUCUUCCAAAUGCUACUUUGGGUUCUGACCACUUGAGGGUGGUAUUUGGGCAACAAAUGGGCCUCUGUGAUCAGGACAUUGUUGCGCUUUCUGGUGGACACACUUUGGGAAGGGCCCACAAGGAGCGAUCUGGCUUUGAGGGACCCUGGACUAUCAACCCUCUCAUCUUUGAUAACACAUACUUCACGGAGCUCCUGAGUGGUGAGAAGGAAGGUCUCCUGCAGUUGCCAUCUGACAAGGCACUUCUCAGUGAUACUGUCUUCCGUCCACUUGUUGAUAAAUAUGCUGCGGAUGAAGAUGCAUUCUUUGCCGAUUAUACAGAGGCCCACUUGAGGCUCUCCGAGCUCGGAUUUGCUGAAGCCUAAGCAAUUGGGAAGAAUGGGACCUAAAGGAUGGUGACAGCACCAUCUUGCUUAUCCUAUUUGUUUUUGAUUUCAUGAAAGACUUGGUUUCGGGAAGUUGUUGAUUCAUGAAAGUGGGGUUAGUUUAUUGCUUUGUUUUGUUGGACAUGAUCAACGGUAGGUAGAAAGAAUGCUCUGUGGUACUGAUCCUUCAAUGAAAUAAUAUUCAAGUAUUAGUCGUUGUGUGUA